GGCGGGCCCUGCGCGCUGAUGGCUGCGGGCAGCUGAGGGCCCCGCGGCGCGCCAGGGAUUGCCCAGACCCUCCCCUCGCCCGGCGCCUCUGCUGCCGCGCUCCCCGCGGGGAUCCGCCCCGCUGCCCGGCCGGGCGGGCGGGGGGGGACAUGGCGGCCCACAAGCCGGUGGAGUGGGUGCAGGCCGUGGUGAACCGCUUCGAUGAGCAGCUUCCAAUAAAGGCUGGCCAGCAGAAUACCCACACCAAAGUCAGUACGGAACACAACAAGGAGUGUCUCAUCAACAUUUCCAAGUACAAGUUUUCCCUGGUCAUCAGUGGUCUCACUAAUAUCCUAAAAAAUGUCAAUAACAUGAGAAUAUUUGGAGAAACUGCUGAAAAGAAUUUAUAUCUAUCUCAGCUGAUUAUCUUGGAUACACUGGAAAAAUGCCUGGCAGGGCAACCAAAGGAUACCAUGCGACUCGAUGAGACUAUGCUGGUGAAACAGUUGCUGCCAGAGAUCUGCCACUUCAUCCACACCUACCGUGAAGGGAACCAGCAUGCGGCUGAGCUGCGGAAUUCUGCCUCUGGGGUUCUUUUUUCUCUGAGCUGCAAUAACUUCAACGCUGUCUUCAGCCGCAUUUCCACCAGAUUACAGGAGCUGACAGUUUGUUCAGAAGAUAAUGCUGAUGUUCAUGAUAUUGAACUUUUACAGUACAUCAGUGUGGAUUGUUCAAAACUAAAGCGGCUCUUGCAAGAGACUGUGUUCAAGUUUAAAGCCCUUAAGAAAGUAGCUCAGUUAGCUGUUAUCAACAGCCUUGAAAAGGCAUUUUGGAACUGGGUGGAAAACUAUCCCGAUGAAUUCACAAAGCUGUAUCAAACACCACAGACUGAUAUGGCUGAUUGUGCAGAGAAGUUGUUUGACUUGGUGGAUGGCUUUGCUGAAAGCACAAAACGUAAAGCAGCAGUUUGGCCCCUGCAAAUCAUCCUCCUGGUCCUGUGUCCAGAGAUAAUCCAAGACAUAGCAAAGGAUGUGGUAGAAGAAACUAAAAUGAACAAGAAACUGUUCCUGGACAAUCUCAGGAAGGCACUUGCUGUCCACAGUGGGAGCAGACAGCUGACUGAAAGUGCUGCUAUUGCUUGUGUUAAACUGUGCAAAGCAUCUACCUACAUCAACUGGGAAGAUAACUCCGUCAUUUUCCUUCUAGUGCAGUCCAUGGUGGUAGAUCUGAAGAAUUUGCUGUUCAAUCCAAGCAAACCCUUUUCAAGAGGCAAUCAAAACGCAGAUGUGGACCUUAUGAUUGACUGCUUAGUAUCCUGCUUCCGCAUAAACCCUCACAAUAACCAACACUUCAAGAUCUGCUUGGCACAGAAUUCCCCAUCAACGUUUCAUUACGUUCUGGUCAAUUCGCUUCACCGAAUAAUCACAAAUUCUGCACUGGACUGGUGGCCCAAGAUCGAUGCGGUGUACUGCCAUUCCAUGGAGCUGCGCAGCAUGUUCAGCGAGACCCUUCACAAGGCGAUCCAGGGCUGUGGCGCACACCCGGCCAUCCGCAUGACGCCGAGUCUUACAUUUAAGGAGAAAAUGACAAGCCUUAAAUUUAAAGAAAAACCUACUGAUUUGGAAACCAGAAGCUACAAGUUCUUGCUCUUAUCCUUGGUAAAACUGAUCCAUGCUGAUCCAAAGCUUUUGCUCUGUAAUCCAAGGAAGCAAGGGCCUGAGACACAGGGUAGCACGGCUGAACUGAUUACAGGCCUUGUACAACUGGUUCCCCAGUCCAGCAUGCCAGAUAUAGCACAAGAAGCCAUGGAGGCCUUGCUAGUUCUUCACCAGUUAGACAGCAUUGACUUGUGGAAUCCUGAUGCACCUAUAGAGACAUUCUGGGAAAUUAGUUCACAAAUGCUUUUCUAUAUCUGCAAGAAGCUAACCAGCCAGCAGAUGCUCAGCAGCACAGAAAUCCUCAAGUGGCUCCGAGAGAUUCUCAUCUGUAGGAAUAAAUUUCUUCUAAAAAACAAACAAUCAGAUCGGAGCUCCUGCCAGUUUCUCUUCCUUUAUGAUGGCUCUGGGGGUGGAACCAGUCAAAUUUCUCUGGACCAUGAGGAGAUGAUACGCUGUGCUCCAGGACCUGCGCUCAGGAAAGGGAAAGGGAAUUCUUCCAUGGAAAGCACAGCAGGAUGCAGCGGGACACCCAUCUGUCGCCAGGCCCAGACCAAGCUGGAAGUCGCCUUGUACAUGUUUCUGUGGAGCCCAGAUAUUGAGGCAGUGCUCGUGGCAAUGUCCUGUUUCCGUCACCUCUGUGAGGAAGCAGAUAUCAGAUGUGGAGUAGAUGAAGUCUCUGUGCAUAAUUUUCUGCCAAACUACAAUACUUUCAUGGAGUUCGCAUCUGUGAGCAAUAUGAUGUCAACAGGGAGAGCAGCUCUUCAGAAACGAGUGAUGGCGUUGUUAAGACGCAUUGAGCAUCCGACUGCAGGCAACACAGAGGCCUGGGAGGAUACACAUGCAAAAUGGGAACAAGCCACAAAGCUGAUUCUUAACUACCCAAAGACCAAAAUGGAGGAUGGGCAGGUGGCUGAAAGUCUUCACAAGACAAUUGUGAAGAGACGGAUGUCGCACGUCAGCGGGGGAGGCUCCAUAGACCUGUCUGACACGGAUUCUCUUCAGGAGUGGAUCAACAUGACGGGGUUCCUGUGCGCCCUCGGGGGCGUGUGCCUGCAGCAUCGCAGCAACGCGGGCUUGGCAACCUACAGUCCCCCCAUGGGCCCUGUCAACGAGCGCAAGGGCUCCAUGAUCUCCAUGGUGUCCACGGAGGGCAACGCAGAGACUCCCGUUAGCAAGUUCAUCGAUCGGUUGUUAACGCUCAUGGUCUGUAACCACGAGAAAGUGGGGCUGCAGAUACGGACCAACAUUAAAGAUCUUGUGGGUUUGGAGCUGAGUCCAGCACUUUACCCAAUGCUGUUUAACAAACUGAAGAACACCAUCAGCAAGUUCUUUGAUUCUCAAGGGCAGGUUUUGUUAACGGAGACCAACACACAAUUUGUAGAACAAACCAUUGCUAUAAUGAAGAAUUUGCUUGACAAUCAUACAGAAGGGAGCUCAGAACACCUUGGACAAGCUAGUAUUGAGACAAUGAUGCUGAAUCUUGUUAGGUAUGUGCGUGUGCUGGGAAAUUUGGUGCACGCCAUUCAAAUAAAAACUAAGCUCUGUCAGUUAGUAGAAGUAAUGAUGGAAAGGAGAGAUGACCUGUCAUUUUGCCAAGAAAUGAAAUUUAGGAACAAAAUGGUGGAAUAUUUGACAGACUGGGUUAUGGGAACAUCUAACCAAGCAACGGAUGAGGAUGUGAAAUGCUUGACAAGAGAUUUGGACCAAGCGAGUAUGGAAGCAGUGGUGUCUCUGCUCGCUGGACUUCCACUGCAGCCUGAAGAAGGAGAUGGUGUGGAGCUGAUGGAAGCGAAGUCUCAGUUGUUUCUUAAAUAUUUCACACUGUUUAUGAACCUCCUGAAUGACUGCAGUGAAGUUGAAGAUGAAAGCACGCAGACAGGCGGCAGGAAACGCGGGAUGUCGCGCCGACUGGCUUCGCUGCGGCACUGCACCGUCCUCGCCAUGUCCAACUUACUCAACGCCAACGUGGACAGUGGUCUUAUGCACUCAAUAGGCUUGGGCUAUCAUAAAGACCUGCAAACAAGAGCCACGUUUAUGGAAGUCCUCACCAAAAUUCUGCAGCAGGGAACAGAAUUUGAUACGUUAGCAGAAACAGUGCUAGCAGAUCGGUUUGAGAGAUUGGUGGAGUUGGUUACAAUGAUGGGUGAUCAGGGGGAGCUUCCUAUUGCUAUGGCUUUAGCCAAUGUGGUGCCUUGUUCUCAGUGGGAUGAGCUAGCUCGUGUCCUGGUCACGCUCUUUGAUUCUCGGCACUUGCUCUAUCAGCUGCUCUGGAACAUGUUUUCCAAGGAAGUGGAACUGGCAGAUUCCAUGCAGACACUCUUCCGAGGAAACAGCCUGGCCAGUAAAAUAAUGACGUUCUGUUUUAAGGUAUAUGGUGCUACAUAUUUGCAGAAGCUUUUGGAGCCUUUGUUAAGGACUGUGAUCACAUCCCCUGAAUGGCAGCAUGUUAGCUUUGAGGUGGAUCCAACAAGGCUGGAGCCUACAGAAAGCCUCGAGGAGAACCAGCGGAGUCUCUUGCAAAUGACAGAAAAGUUUUUUCAUGCAAUCAUUAAUUCUUCCUCGGAGUUCCCACCCCAGCUGCGCAGUGUGUGCCAUUGCUUGUACCAGGCAACUUGUCACUCUCUACUGAAUAAAGCUACCGUAAAAGAAAAAAAGGAAAACAAAAAAUCAGUGGUCAGCCAGCGCUUUCCUCAGAACAGCAUCGGAGCCGUGGGCAGCGCCAUGUUCCUGCGCUUCAUCAACCCUGCCAUCGUGUCCCCUUACGAGGCAGGCAUCUUGGACAAAAAGCCUCCACCUAGAAUUGAGAGGGGAUUGAAGCUCAUGUCAAAGAUACUUCAGAGUAUUGCCAACCAUGUCCUGUUUACAAAAGAAGAACAUAUGAGGCCUUUUAAUGAUUUUGUAAAAAGCAAUUUUGAUGCAGCACGAAGGUUCUUCCUUGAUAUUGCUUCUGACUGCCCAGCCAGUGACACUGUCAAUCACAGCCUGUCUUUCAUCAGUGACGGCAACGUGCUUGCUUUGCACCGCUUGCUGUGGAACAAUCAGGAGAAGAUUGGCCAGUACCUUUCCAGCAACAGGGACCACAAGGCUGUUGGCAGACGACCUUUUGACAAGAUGGCUACUCUUCUUGCCUAUCUGGGUCCUCCUGAGCACAAACCUGUGGCAGACACCCACUGGUCGAGUUUAAACCUCACAAGUUCCAAAUUUGAAGAGUUUAUGACAAGACAUCAGGUACAUGAAAAGGAGGAGUUCAAAGCACUAAAAACAUUAAAUAUUUUCUACCAGGCCGGGACAUCCAAAGCUGGGAAUCCCGUGUUCUACUACAUUGCUCGGCGGUUCAAGACCGGUCAGAUCAAUGGAGAUCUGUUGAUAUACCACGUGCUGCUGACUCUGAAGCCAUACUAUGCAAAGCCAUACGAGAUCGUAGUGGACCUCACACACGCUGGCCCCAGCAAUCGCUUUAAAACAGACUUUCUUUCAAAAUGGUUUGUAGUUUUUCCAGGCUUUGCUUAUGAAAAUGUCUCAGCAGUUUUUAUUUAUAACUGUAACUCUUGGGUCAGAGAAUACACCAAAUACCAUGAAAGGCUCUUGACAGGUCUGAAAGGAAGCAAAAGGCUUAUUUUCAUAGACUCUCCAGGGAAACUGGCAGAGCACAUCGAACACGACCAGCAGAAGCUCCCAGCAGCUACCUUGGCUUUGGAGGAGGACUUGAAAGUAUUUCACAAUGCUCUCAAACUGGCUCAUAAAGACACCAAAGUUUCUAUUAAAGUUGGAUCAACAGCUGUGCAGGUGACAUCAGCAGAACGAACCAGGGUCCUGGGACAAACAGUGUUUUUAAAUGACAUAUACUAUGCCUCUGAAAUUGAGGAGAUCUGUCUUGUUGACGAGAACCAGUUUACCUUAACCAUUGCCAACCAAGGCACGCCGCUCACGUUCAUGCACCAGGAGUGUGAAGCCAUCGUCAGGUCCAUCAUUCACAUCCGCACACGGUGGGAGCUGUCGCAGCCCGACUCCAUCCCCCAGCACACCAAGAUCCGGCCCAAGGACGUCCCUGGCACGCUCCUGAACAUCGCUCUGCUCAACCUGGGCAGCUCAGACCCCAGCUUGCGGUCUGCUGCCUAUAAUCUUCUAUGUGCCUUAACCUGUACCUUUAAUUUAAAGAUUGAGGGCCAGUUACUGGAAACUUCAGGUCUGUGUAUUCCUGCCAACAACACGCUGUUUAUUGUAUCUAUUAGUAAGACUCUUGCAGCUAACGAGCCACACCUUACCUUAGAGUUCCUGGAAGAGUGUAUUUCUGGAUUUAGCAAAUCUAGUAUUGAACUGAAGCAUCUUUGCCUGGAGUAUAUGACUCCCUGGCUGUCCAACCUGGUGCGGUUCUGUAAACACAACGACGACGCGAAGCGCCAGCGGGUCACUGCUAUUCUGGAUAAGCUUAUAACCAUGACAAUAAACGAGAAGCAGAUGUAUCCUUCCAUUCAGGCUAAGAUAUGGGGAAGCCUUGGACAGAUAACAGAUCUGCUGGAUGUAGUGCUGGACAGUUUCAUCAAAACCAGUGCCACAGGGGGCUUAGGAUCCAUAAAAGCUGAGGUUAUGGCAGACACAGCUGUAGCACUUGCUUCUGGAAAUGUGAAAUUGGUUUCAAGCAAAGUGAUAGGAAGGAUGUGUAAAAUAAUCGACAAGACUUGUCUGUCUCCAACUCCUACGCUGGAGCAGCACCUGAUGUGGGAUGACAUUGCUAUUCUAGCACGUUACAUGCUGAUGCUCUCCUUCAACAAUUCUCUAGAUGUGGCAGCACACCUCCCCUACCUCUUCCAUGUAGUGACUUUAUUGGUGGCCACUGGUCCACUUUCUCUCAGAGCUUCCACUCACGGUCUCGUCAUCAACAUCAUUCAUUCUCUUUGCACUUGUUCACAGCUUCACUUUAGUGAGGAGACCAAGCAAGUUUUAAGGCUGAGCUUGACUGAGUUCUCUCUGCCCAAGUUCUAUUUGCUGUUUGGCAUCAGCAAAGUGAAGUCGGCCGCGGUCAUCGCGUUCCGCUCCAGCUACCGGGACAGGUCCUUCUCACCUGGCUCCUACGAAAGGGAGACUUUUGCACUGACUUCCUUGGAAACUGUUACUGAAGCUUUGUUGGAGAUCAUGGAGGCUUGUAUGAGGGAUAUUCCAACGUGCAAGUGGCUGGACCAGUGGACUGAACUAGCUCAAAAGUUUGCAUUCCAAUACAACCCAUCUCUGCAGCCAAGAGCACUGGUUGUCUUUGGCUGUAUAAGUAAACGUGUGUCUCAUGGGCAAAUAAAACAAAUCAUCCGAAUUCUUAGCAAGGGACUGGAGAGCUGUUUAAAAGGCCCCGAUAAUUACAACAGCCAAGUUCUGAUCGAAGCUACAGUGAUAGCACUCACCAAGCUGCAGCCUCUUCUCAAUAAGGACUCUCCUAUGCACAAGGCCCUGUUUUGGGUAGCUAUGGCCGUAUUGCAGCUGGAUGAGGUGAACUUGUACUCGGCAGGUACAGCACUGCUUGAGCAGAAUCUGCACACCUUGGAUAGCCUCCGAGUGUUCAAUGACAAGAGCCCGGAAGAGGUGUUCAUGGAGAUCAGGAGGCCACUUGAAUGGCACUGCAAGCAGAUGGAUCAUUUUGUUGGGCUAAAUUUCAACUCCAACUUCAACUUUGCACUAGUGGGACACCUUCUGAAAGGGUACAGGCAUCCUUCUCCCACCACUGUAGCAAGAACAGUAAGGAUCUUACAUACACUACUAGCUCUGGUUAACAAACACAGGAACUGUGACAAGUUUGAGGUGAACACCCAGAGUGUGGCUUACCUGGCAGCUUUGCUGACAGUAUCUGAGGAAGUUCGGAGUCGCUGCAGCCUGAAGCACAGGAAAUCUCUCUUGCUGACAGAUGUGUCCAUGGAGAAUGUUCCUAUGGAUACAUAUCCCAUCCAUCACAGCGACACUAGCUAUAGGACACUAAAGGAAAGCCAACCAUGGCCAUCACCCAAGGGGUCAGACAGACACCUGACUGCCAGUUACCCGACAGUGGGACAGAUAAGCCCGCGGACACGAAAGUCCAUGAGUUUGGAUAUGGGGCAGCCUUCACAAGCCAACACUAAAAAGCUUCUAGGUACAAGGAAAAGUUUUGACCAUUUGAUAUCGGACACAAAGGCUCCUAAAAGGCAAGACAUGGAAUCUGGAAUCACAACGCCUCCCAAAAUGAGGAGAGUAGCCGAGAAUGAUUAUGAAAUGGAAACCCAGAGAAUAUCACCGCAGCAGCACCCACACCUUCGGAAAGUGUCUGUUUCUGAGUCAAACGUCCUCCUGGAUGAAGAAGUUCUGACUGACCCAAAAAUUCAAGCACUGCUGCUUACAGUUCUUGCAACGUUAGUGAAGUACACUACUGAUGAGUUUGACCAGCGGAUUCUGUACGAGUAUUUAGCAGAAGCCAGUGUUGUGUUUCCAAAGGUCUUUCCUGUUGUGCAUAAUUUAUUGGAUUCCAAGAUCAACACCCUUCUGUCGCUGUGCCAGGACCCAAAUUUGCUGAAUCCAAUCCAUGGGAUUGUUCAGAGCGUUGUCUACCACGAGGAGUCUCCUCCCCAGUACCAAACCUCCUACCUACAGAGUUUUGGAUUUAAUGGGCUGUGGAGGUUUGCUGGCCCGUUUUCUAAGCAAACGCAAAUCCCAGACUAUGCUGAGCUCAUAGUGAAGUUCCUUGAUGCCUUGAUCGACACAUAUUUGCCUGGAAUCGAUGAGGAAACCAGUGAAGAGUCUCUCCUGACACCCACAUCUCCAUAUCCUCCUGCAGUGCAGAGCCAGCUUAGCAUCACUGCUAACCUCAACCUGUCCAAUUCCAUGACCUCGCUUGCAACUUCCCAGCACUCCCCAGGGAUCGACAAGGAGAACGUGGAGCUCUCGCCCACGGCCGGCCACGCCAACAGCGGCAGGAUGCGCCACGGCUCCGCCAGCCAGGUGCAGAAGCAGCGCAGCGCCGGCAGCUUCAAACGCCACAGCAUCAAAAAGAUCGUGUGAUUGUUCCUGGUUCGUCCUGUUGUGCUGCGUCGGGGAGCCGCCGCCCGCGGGCCGCUCGCCCUCCACCGAUUGUGAUGCUGCACUUCAUUUCUCAAGCCCCCGUCCCGUCAGCGUCUCGCCAGACGAUCAGCUCCCGAGACAUUGCCCGAGCUUUACCGCCUCCGUUUCUCUCGUGUGUUUCCGACGUAAGCCGCCGUUUCGGGACCGCUCGUGCGGUGCCCCAGGGACCCGUUGCUGAAGGAGGUGCUGAGUUCUGUAACGCUGCACGGCCGGAUCUCGUCCGACCCCAAAAGCCAUCUCCCAUAGACAGCUCGCGCGUCUCGUGCCCGCCCUGUUUGUUUCUGCUCUAAAGGAAAGCGUUAAUCCUUACCCCUGUUUGCACACUUUGCAAGGUAGUGGCUUUAGGAGUUAUGGGGAGGUUCCUGUAAUCCUGGGUUUAAUUCAGACCUGUAAGAUUUUUAGCUGUGGACUUUUUUUUACCAUCCUGCAGAGUCGUAGGCCGGGUGCGGUGGGAUGAGCUUGACCAGAAUGGCUGAUUAGGCUGAAUUUUUAGCAAUUAGCAAUAAAUACGAGAGGACAAAGGAGGCUGCAGAGUCUCCCAUUCCCUGUUCCCCAGCCCAUGGCUUCACACACUUGGACUGUCUAUGGACCAGACUGGACAAACUGGCUUUUUUUUCCAAAGCAAAUGUUUUGUUUGUUUGCUGUACUUUAACUGCACUAAAAAGGUUGGGUAGUGGAAAGGAAAUGGAGAACUGACUAUUCCACUGUCACUGUAGAUGCUGAAGAUGUAUCACUUCUUUCUUCCGUUGAGCACGUAGGUCAGUGACAGGCACCUCCCCAGCUCCUGGCAGGAUCCCCCGGGGGUGUGGACGGGAGAAGUGAAUGAAUUUGCUGGCUGAUGUGAUUGCAGAGCCUCUCUCCAUCAUUUUUGAACAACCAUGGAGCACAGGCGAGGUGUCUGAGGACUGGAGACAGGCCAAUGUCACUGCAGGCUGCAAAAAGGGCAAGAAGGAUGACCCAGGAAACUCCAGGCCAGUCAGCCUCACCUCCAUCCCUGGAAAGGUGAUGGAACAGCUCAUCCUGAAUGUCAUCACUGAACAUGUGAAGGAUAAGAUGGUUAUCAGGGGGAGGCAACAUGGCUUCACCAAGGGGAAAUGCUGUUUGCCCAACCUGAUGCCUUCUAUGAGUGCAGAACCAGCUGGGAGGAUGAGGGGAGAGCAGUGGAUGUCAUCUACCUUGACUUCAGCAAGGCUUUGGACACUGUCUCCCACAACAUCCUCAUCAGAAAGCUCAGACAGUGUGGCUGGGAUGAGUGGACAGUGAGGUGGAUGGAGAGCUGCUGAAUGACAGAGCCCAGAGGGUGGGGAUCAAUGGCACAGAGUCAAGUUGGAGGCCUGUGGCCAGUCAAGUUCCACAGGGAUGGGUUCUGGGGCCAGUCUUGUUCAACGUUUUCAUCAACCACCUGGAUGAGGGGACAGAGGGACCCUCAGCAAGUUCCCUGCUGGCACCAAACUGGGAGCACUGGCUGAUUCCCCAGAGGCUGAGCUGCCAUUCAGCAAGAUCUCGACUGGCUGGAGAGUUGGGCAGAGAGGAACCUCCUGAGGUUCAACAAGGACAAGGGCAGAGUGCUGCAGCUGGGAAGGAACAACCUGCACCAGCACAGGCUGGGGGUCAAACUGCUGAAGAGCAGCUCUGCAGAGAGAGACCUGGGAGUCCUGAUUGAUAAUGAGCUAAAUAUGAGCAGCAACGUGCCCUCGUGGGCAAGAAGCCAAUGGCAGCCUGGCGGCAUCAAGAAGAGUGUGGCCAGCAGGUCGAGGGAGGUUCUUCUCCCUCUGUACUCUGCCCUGCUGAGGCCUCAUCUGGAGUCCCGUGUCCAGUUCUGGGCUCCUCAGCUCAAGAGGGACAGGAAAGUGCUGGAGAGAGGCCAGUGCAGGGCCACCAAGAUGAUCAGGGGGCUGGAACAUCUUUCAUAUGAGAAAAGGCUGCGGGAACUGGGGCUGUUUAGUCUGGAGGAGAGACCGAGGGGAGAUCUUAUUAACAUUUACAAAUAUCUAAAGGGUGGGUGUCAGGAGGUUGGGACAUCCCUCUUUUCUAUAGUAGAUAGUAACAGGACAAGGGGUGAUGGGAUGAAGCUGGAACACAAAAAGUUCCACUUAAACAUAAGAAAAAUCUAUUUCCCUGUUCAGGUGAGGGAGCCCUGGCACAGGCUGCCCAGGGGGCUGUGGAGGCUCCUUCCUUGGAGGGCUUCAAGACCCACCUGGACACGUUCCUGUGUGAUCUGAUCUAGGUGACCCUGCUUCUGCAGGGGGGUUGGACUGGAUGAUCUCUAAAGGUCCCUUCCAACCCCUACCAAUCUAUAAUUCUAUGAUUCUAUGAAUUAACCUCCAGCUCUGGGGGUUGCAUGUGGCAAAGCUGCUUUUGCGCCGCCGCAGCAGCGAUGUAGAAGCAGCACCGUUUGCUGAAGGUACAUGGAUUUACAGCGACUGACGCUGUGAGGGAUCCGGGUUACGGCGGAGCGUUUGCGGAGCCGUUGCUGGUAUCGGCCCCCAGCUCCGCGGCCGUGCUGCCUGGCACAGCUGCCCAGGGCAGGCAGGGCUGAGGGCUCGUGGCGCUGCGGGAGCCUCGGCUGCUGGGGCAGCGGGGGGCUGCUCAGAGCCACAUCCCUCCUCUGUCUUAGAAAUUAAUCUCCAAGUGGCUUUAAAGGAAAAAAACCCACCCCAAGGAUAUCCACUAUAUAAAUUCAAACCCUCUAGUGCAAUUUUGUUAGUGGCUUUCAGUAAAUCAAACUCCACAGCUAAAUUAUUAGAGAAUGGUACAAUUAAGUGUUCAGAUUUUAUUGAUAUAGCACAUAAUUCACAUGUAUCCACAGAGUAACAGUGUAACAUUUAUGUAAAUAAAAAUACCUUUAUUGUAUUGAUUCCUAAAAUAACCAUUUAAUUUCUUUGUUUACAGUCCUGGAAAAACCAUGAACACAAACUCAAUAUGCAAAGAGCUUGCCAAAACAACAGGAAGACUUAGAUUUAGCAGACUUGAAAUAGAUACAUUGGAAAAUAGAGAGGCUCGUGCAAUUAACCAAACUGUUUAAUUCUUGCUCGUGUAGGAGCUGUGGUAGAAAUGUGACAGAGCUGUGCAAGGGACGGUGAGGCUGGAGCUGAGCGUAGGGGCAGAGCGGAGCCAGGGCCUUGGCCCAGCUGCUGUGCAGGUAAAACUGGUAUCAAACCCUUCUCAUCUCAUCCAUGGCACGGCCAAGAGCUGCCCCUCUGUCCCACAGAGCCAAGUGAACUCCGGCCCUUCCUGCCCUGCAGAAGACAGUGAAUUGUAGGACCUCGAAGGUUUGUAGGUAGGAAGGAGAAAGAAUCUGUUGUGAAGGUAAUCUGCCAUUAGAAAAAAACAAGUGUUGAGUUGUUUCUCCUGCGAGCAGGUUUUCCUUUAAAGAGAAACAGUAAGUGCAGGUGAGUUACCCCAUUGCUUUUGUUUAGACGAGGCGUUUGAGAGCGACUCUUUGAGUAUCUUGCAUUGCCUGUGUAAAACCAGAGUCCCUAAAUUAGAGUUAAUGAACUCUUUGAAAUACAGGUAGUGUGGAAAAUGGGCAGUGAUUGCAGUUGCCUUUCAUGUGGGAACUACACCUACUCCAGGCUCUCAGUCCCAGCUGAGAAAAACUGAUCUCUUCAUAAAGUCAGUCAGCUAAAGUGGGUUUAUCCUGUUUCCUGGAAGGCAGGGGAGGCAUUUCAUGUUCUCCAUGAGAGGGCCCGAGCUGCCUCGGCACAGAGGUGUCAGACACACUGGGGCUGAGUGGGUGUAGGUACAGCCGACGGCUGAGGUUCAGUCAGGGACCACGUGUGCCGAGGAGGGUGAUGCCAGCACUGGCCCCUGGGAUGCUGGGGUGGGCUCAUGGGGCAAACCCCAGCGCCCUGUAACGACCAAACUUCUAUUGGUAAUUAGUUGUUCAGUGCCUUACUGUCACGUUCCUCAUGUCACCUGCUCCCUGCAGCAGCCAGUGCCCGCCCUUUGCCUUUUUCUUUCUGGCAUCCUCCUUCAUUUGGUCUUUUUUCCCCCUUUGAAAUAUUCUCCACCCUGCUCCAUUCCUGUGACACCCUCUUGGUCCCAUCCCUGUCCCUUCCCUCCUCAUCCUGCUUCUCUGGUCCCAGAGGGACCUGCAGGUGGGUGCUGGUGGCCGUGUGGGCCUGAAACCUGACCUGACACGUGGGAAAUGUGGCAGGGUUCAGCCCUGGAGUGGCAGCUCCAGGCAGCCCACGGGCUGGGGUCACUUCCCAAUGGCUCCUUCUGCUUGCAAAUGGAAACCUAGAGUAGAAAAAUCAGAUUUUAACAUGUGGACCAUAGAACCACGUCCUGGGGCCUGUGUGUCUGACACCCCUGGUUCAGAACACGUCACCCGUUAACGCACUAACGACAGCGAAGUACUGUAAAGAGGAUUAUUCCCCUUCUGUUUGUGUUUGUGUUUUCCCUGACUUUAGGACAAUUCAGUAGUAUUUGGCUAGUGCAUAACCUCCCUGUGAAUGAUGCCAGUGUCUCUGCUUCAACAUGCAUGAGGUUUCCAGGAACAGGAACCGUUUCCAGUAAGUGUCAUGAGCCGAGCAGGCGGCAGCGUUCCAGGGCUCUGAUCCCAACUGGCCUGUAGGUUUUAGGGCUUGUUCCGUUUCAUUCUAAGGUUUGGGGUUUAUUUUCCAGCACGUCUCAUUGUUAUGCAACAAACUUACACAGAAAAGUCACUUUUAGUGUGGGUCCCACCGUUUUUUUUAACGCAGUACAUCCACCUGUAAAUAGUUUUUGUGUAAAAUUUGACAGAAAAGUAUAUUUACUACACUGUAAAUACAUGUGACAAUAUAUUGUAUUAUUUUGCUUUUUUUGUAAAGCAGUUAGUUGCUGUAUAUGUAUAACAUACAGAUUUGAUUAUUCUAGUGUUAGUAACUGUUAACUCCUCCUCCUCCUUCCUGCUGUUGCGUUAUGUCAUUUACAACCAACGGAUGCUGUGUACUAUAAAGUCCCUGUGUACGAUACCUUACCGGCCCCAUUUGAGCCUCAGCUUGGAACACGUUUCCUGGCCCCAUGAUCCUGUUGAUGCUGCGGCGGCCGGCGGAGCCCUGCUGCCUCCAGCACCGCCGGGGACUGGAGGUAAAAGUGGUGGAAACGUGGUUUCACAUAACUCCUGUUCACCCCAUCUCCUCUCAUGUAUGUACUUCCCUCUUUUUUUUUUUGUUUUGGAAGUAAAAUGUAAAUUGAACCUGC